UUUAUGUCUCUCUUCACCUCAAGGAGAUAGGAAGACGAGAGGAAGGUAGUCAUCCAUGGCGAUCGCGGAGUUCCUUGGGUCCCACGUGCUGGUCAUCCCAUACCCGGCCCAAGGGCACAUGCUCUCCCUCCUCGACCUUGCUCACCUCCUCUCCUCCCACGCCCACGUUGCCGUCACCGUCGCCGUCACUACCAAGAACCGCCCCCUCCUCGACCCCCUUCUCGCCCGCUCCCCCGCCAUCGUCCCCCUAGUCCUCCCCUUUCCCGAUUACCCAGCCCUCCCCCCGGGUCUGGAGAACUCCAAGGACCUCCAACCCGUCUUCUUCCGACCCCUCAUCCACGCCCUCGCCGGCCUCCACGAUCCCCUCCUCCGCUGGGCACGAUCCACUCCCCACCCCCCCACUGCCAUCAUCUCCGACUUCUUCCUUGGCUGGACCACCGACCUCGCCGCCGAGUUGGGCGUCCCCCGCCUUACCUUCUCCCCCUCCGGCGCCCUCACCAUCGCCGUUUCCCAUGUCCUCUGGCGCCGGAUGCCUCAAAGAUCCAAUCUUGACGAUCCCGAUUGCCCCAUCUCCUUCCCGGAAAUCCCCAGUUCCCCUGUUUUCCCCUGGCGCCAUCUCUCCAUGCUCUACCGGACUUACAAACAAGGGGAACCGAUCUCGGAGUUCAUAAAGGAGGGAUUUUUAUCCAACAUUGCUAGCUGGGGAUUCGUCUUCAACACCUUCUCCGACCUGGAGAUGGUCUAUCUGGACGACCUCCGGAAAGAUCUAGGGACCGCCCGGGUCUGGGCGGUGGGGCCCCUCGCGCCGCCAGACGGCCCCGCGGAGCGCGGUGGGACGAGCUCGGCCGUCGCUUGCGAGAUCAUGGAAUGGCUGGACAGGUGCCCAGAUGAUUCGGUGGUGCUGGUGAGCUUCGGGAGCCAGCGUGUCCUGGCGCCACCGCAGGCGGAGGCGCUGGCGGCGGGGCUGGAGCGGAGCGGGGAGAGGUUCGUCUGGUGCGCGAGGGGGGAGACGGCGGUGCCGGUGGGCUUCGAGGGACGGGUGGCGGGGCGGGGGCUGGUGGUGCGGGAAUGGGCCCCGCAGGUGGCGAUCCUGGGGCACCGGGCGGUGGCGGCGUUUUUGACUCACUGCGGAUGGAACUCGGUGCUGGAGGCGGUGGCGGCCGGUGUGGCGAUGCUGACGUGGCCGAUGGGGGCGGACCAGUUCAUGAACGCAAAGCUGGUGGUGGAGGAGGCCGGCGUCGGAGUGGCGCUCUGCGACGGCGCGGACGCGGUGCCGGACCCGGACGAGGUAGCCCGAGUCGUGGCGGAAUCGCUGGGCGAGUCGGGGAAGGAGUCAAGGGACCGAGUGAAAGAGCUGAGUCGGAAAGCAUUGGCGGCGGUAAAAGAGGGGGGAAGCUCGCGUGGGGAUGUGGACGAGAUGGUUGCGGAGCUUUCCAAGUUUAAGGUGAAUUGAAUGUUUUUGUUGUUGCUGUUGUUGUGUCGAUGAAGGUGGGGAACAUUUUGUCUUAUAAUUAGAUCGGGUUUGGAUUGGAUCCGAUGUAGCUACCAGGUUCCUGGAUGCUUAAUUGUCCUGCGUGGAUCGUCUGGUUAUCCUCUGAAAACAAAACCAUGAAGGUUUAUGCCAUGUAUUACCGACAAAAAGGAUCACGUGUUUUAGUUUCUCCUUAUUUUUGUUCUC